AUAGUGUUGAGAAAAAGUUUCAUGAUUUGGAGAGUUGGUAACAGAGACAUUAGUGAUUAUAAGGUGUUGGGAAGGCGUGACUUGUUUCUUGACCCCAGCGUGAGAUUGAAGGCAACACACGAGUUACUAUAAAAGGGUUUGAAAAAGGAGAAAGAUACUCUUAGUUAGUGUCUGCUCUUUGAUUUUGAAUCUGUAAAAGCUUUACACAUUAUGAUGCAAGAUUCUCUACCAAACUUGUGAAACCGCGGGGUGAUCUGGACCAACCCGGUUUUCACCAAAGACUACCAAAGCAACUUUCUUCUUCAAGCUCAGUGGAACCGACCUGGUGACUAUUCCUUUUGACCUGUCGUUAUUCAUCAACUUUAUACAUACGAGUUUUAGGAUUAGCCCGGAUAAGUGAGGUGCAUGAUUUAGUAUCAUUAGAGAGUGUUUAGUAGGGUCGUGUUUGGUAUUUUAGAGUGUUAAAAGAGAAAGAAGAAGAAAGAGUAAGAAGGGAUCAAGUUUCUUGGUCGGAAGUUUGGAUGGUCUUAAUUCUUUAUUGGUCGUGUCAUCAUCAAAGUUCGUGCACGCCUUAACUUGCCAAAGACUCAUCUUAUUUGUUUCUUUUUUUUAUUUUUUUUUUUUUUUUUAUUUUUUAAUUCUGAUCUUGUUUUUAGAUUGGAACAUGAUGAUUGAUUCGAAUUUUGACCAACUCAUUUUUUCUCAUACUCUAAAGGGCUAAAAUGUUAAUGCGUUUCUUUA